AGCACACAUCUCCCCAGCCCCACUCCUCUCUUUUCUUCUUCUUCUUCUUCUCUCUCUCUCUCUCUCUCUCUCUCUUUCUCUGCCAGCUGACUGUCUUCCCAUAUGCCCCAAACCCAUUCACGCUGAAAGAUCCUUCGCCUUAACACCUACCCUCUUAUUUAACCACUCCCACUGUUCAACCGGAGACACAACAAUAACUGUUUCCCUGUUUUUCUCUCUCCCCUUUUUUCCGCCUUCAUUCAUUUCCACUGUUUUCUCCGUGACGUGAAGAGUUGCCUGCCUGACAGCGGUUUCAGAAACGGCAGAGGUGAAAUAGUUUUAGUUUCCUCGGAUCGGGAUACAUGGUUGGUGGCGGCGGGAUUUGGCGGCGGGUGUUGGUGGUGGUGUUUGUGGCAUGCGCCGCCGGGAUGGGGGCGGCGGAUCCCAACGACGAGCAGUGUUUGACUCAUCUCAGUGAGUCGUUGGAGGAUCCGAUGAAGAAUCUGCAGAACUGGACGAAAGACAGGUUCGCGAAUCCUUGUACAGGAUUCACCUCGUACUUGCAGGGCGCGACUUGCAACAAUGGCCGAAUCUAUAAGCUUUCGCUUAAUAAUCUCUCCCUCCGAGGCUCCAUUUCGCCGUAUCUCUCAAAUUGCACUAAUCUCCAGGCGUUAGACCUUUCUUCUAACUCCCUCUCUGGGCCCAUCCCGCCGGAGCUUCAGUUCCUCGUUAACCUCGCCGUCCUUAACCUCUCCGACAACGACCUCUCCGGCGCAAUCCCGCAGCAGCUCGCCCUCUGCGCCUACCUCAACGUCAUCGAUCUCCACGACAACCAGCUCUCCGGCCUCAUCCCGCCGCAGCUGGGGCUUUUAGUCCGGUUAUCCGUCUUCGACGUCUCCAACAACCGGCUGUCCGGCCCGAUUCCGGCGUCGCUGGGGAACCGGAGCGGCAACCUGCGGCAGUUCAAUGCGAGCUCGUACGAGGGGAAUAAGGAUCUGUACGGGUACCCAUUACCGAACAAGAAAAACAAUGGGCUCUCCAUUUUAGCCAUUGUGGGGAUCGGGUUGGGGAGUGGGCUCUUGAGCUUGGUGCUCAGCUUCACCGCCGUCUGUAUGUGGUUGAGAGCCACCGAGCAAAAAAUGGCCGCCGAAGAAGGCAAAAUCGGCCAUCUCAUGCCUGAUUAUUAGAUUAAAUUAAGCAAAAAAGAAAAAAAAAAAAACUGUAUUUACAGGUAUGCUAGCCUAGCCAGUACUUCUUGAUGAUCAAGAUCUUUUUUUUUUUUUUUUUUGUUGUUGUUAAUUUUUUACUUUAGUUUUUCCCCAUUCCUUAUUGGUUGGAUUUUGGGGUAGGGUGGCAGGGGGUUUUCUUCCUUGAUCAAUUGCUCUUGUCCUUUUAUUGAUCACUGGAAUUUUACCCUUUUCCUGUUUUUGGUUUCUUUCAUUUUCUUCCCCUCUUUGCAGUCUUGGUUGAAAGACCAGUUUUGGUCCCCCUUUUUUCCCCUUAACAAAUUGACAAUGUAUAAAGAAUUUGAAUGCACUUAAACCCCACUAGAUUGCU